ACUGUCUGUAACUUGCUAUCUUCUCCCCCAAUGGCUGCAAAGAGAGUUUGCGUUCAUCUUCUUCCUCCAGAUCAGCCUCCCCUGAACCCUAAAUUCACUCAUCGAUCUCGAUUCUCGAUCGGAUGCUAUACCUCCGCCGAUUCGUAACCAAACCGGUGGUUCUAAGACUCUCCUAAGAGUCCGAUUAGAGCAGAUUCGUUUGCUAUGAAGGAAGAGUUUACCCCCGGCGGUGGCGGCGAGAUCAGUUCGGUUAAGCGGAUGGCUGCAGACGGCGGCGAGAGGAGUGGGAUUAGCUGUAAGCGAAUCAAAACGACUCUGGUCAAUGGUUUCAUCGUUUACACUAGAACGAGGAGGACUAAACUCAAUAAGGUUAACGAAGAAGACGAGUCGAAGCCAACAAAUGAAGUUGCAAUCAAUGAUCCAAUAGCUGAGAGUUCUUGCGUUAACAAUACAGUUGUUGAGAACUCCAUUGAGAAAACUGCUGUGGAAGAGCGCUUAGUUACUGGCAGCUUAGCGGAAACUAACAUCACUGAGAGUUCUUGCAUUAGCAAUACAGUUGUUGAGAGCUUUGUGGAGAGAACUGCUGCGGAAGAGCGCGUAGUUACUGGCAGCUUAGCUGAGAUUAUGGCGGCUGAGAAGUUUAAAGAAGUGGAUACUGAGAGUGCCAGUGGUUGCUCACUAGUUGAUGUUGUGAUUGAUGACAUACAGUUUGAAGAAUUGUUACAUGAAGCGAUUCCAGUAGAGAUUCUUUCCGAAGGGAGCUUGGAUUUUGAAGUGGCCAAACACAGAACCAUGGGAAAACGCUAUUUGGCGUCAAAGGCGAAUAGGCAUGGAUCUUUGAAGCGUACGAAACAGAUGUAUAAAUCGCUUUUGAGACUGAAGAAGGUAAACAAUGUAGUGUCUAAGGAUGCAGAGGUUCUGGCAGGAUCAGAAUUGGAUGGUGAGGGGUUGGAUGAACAGAAUCGUUCUAUGAGUCUGGCUGGCAUUUCCAAUGUAGUAGUCCGCAAAAGGCCAGAUACAGUGAGAGAACUUUUUGAGACUGGUAUACUUGAUGGUGUGUCGGUGGUCUACACGGGUACUGCUCAGUCUCAAGGCUUUGGUCUCCGUGGCAUCAUUACGGAUGGUGGAAUUUUGUGUUCGUGUUCCUCCUGUGAUUGGGCUAAUGUUAUUACAACUUCCCAAUUUGAGAUUCAUGCUAAUAAGCAAUACAAACGAGCAUCACAGUAUAUUUGCUUUGAGAAUGGUAAGAGCCUACUAGAUGUUUUGAAGAUUUGUAGGAACGCUCCUCUACAUUCUCUUCGAGCAAAAGUUCUUGAUGCUGUUGAUAGUGCGUCUAAAGAAAAAUGCUUCACCUGUAAAAGAUGCAAAGGCGUGUGCCCUUUAUCCUCUCUUGGCCAUAGAGGGUUACUGUGUUUGUCAUGCUCAGAUAUUGAAAAUUCUCAGAGCAGCCCUACUGCGACAUGGACCCCAACUAGUGCUCCUGCGUGCAUAACAUCUCUGGCUAAGAGCAGAUGGAAGAUAACAAGAAAGCGAUCAGAAUCCACAUUAAAGUCGCCUCUAUCGAUAUCACCACUGGGAAAUAGCACUCAGGAGAUCACAAGAAAGGCAUUACGUCAAGCUUUGGUUGGGAAGGCUCUCAGUGCUUCUACAAAUAUAUCUUCACAUAAUAAGUGCAGAUCUGAGUUUAAUAUGUUAGCCCAACAUUCUAUGACCACCAAGGCUUUAAAAAGCGUGCCCCUUUCUGUUUCUUCAAAAAAGAGGAGUUGUAGAACAACGAGAAGGGAUCAGGGAUUGCAUAAGUUAGUGUUUGAGAGAGAAGGAUUACCAGAUGGAACUGAACUAGGAUACUAUGCCCGCGGACAGAAAUUGCUCGGAGGCCACAAAAUGGGUACUGGAAUUUACUGUUACUGCUGCAAGUGUGAGGUGAGCCCAUCCGUCUUCGAAGCUCAUGCAGGCUGGACAUCUCGCAGAAAACCUUAUUUUUACAUAUAUACAUCUAAUGGUGUUUCUCUUCACGAAUGGGCAAUGACUUUCUCACAAGGCCGGAAAUAUUCUGCUAAUGAAAAUGACGACUUGUGUGUCAUUUGUGCUGAUGGUGGAAAUCUUCUGCGCUGCGAUAGCUGCCCAAGAGCCUUCCACAUAGAAUGCGUUUCCCUUCCAAGUAUUCCUCGUGGUAACUGGCAUUGCAAAUACUGCGAGAAAAAUUCCAAGACCGAGACUGUUGGAGAGUACAAUGUUAAUUCUUCUGCACCUGGUCAACUAGAAGGAGUUGAUCAUGCUGAUCAGUUAGCUGGACGAUGCAUUCGAGUUGUCAAGAACAUGGAAGCUGAAACAAAUGGGUGUGUACUAUGCAGUGGUUCUGAUUUUUGCAGAUCCGGAUUCGGGCCACGAACGAUCAUAAUAUGUGAUCAGUGUGAAAAGGAGUACCACAUUGGAUGUCUGAGUAGUCAUAACAUUGUGGAUUUAAAGGAAUUACCUAAAGGAAAUUGGUUUUGCUCUAUGGACUGUACGAGGAUAAACUCCACUUUGCAGAAGUUACUGCUUGGUGGGCCGGAGACGCUUUCAGAUUCUUCUUUGGAAAUAGUACGCAUGAAGCAAGGAAUAACUGAUGUUGAUUCCGUCAGUCAUCUAGACAUCGGAUGGAGACUGAUCAGCGGCAAAGUUACUUCUCCUGAAAGCCGGAUGUUGCUGUCUCAGGCGUUGGCUAUUUUUCAUGAUUGCUUUGAUCCUAUAGUUGAUCCAGUUUCAGGGCGCAAUCUUAUUCCAAGAAUGGUUUACGGGAAGAGUAUGCAAGGACAAGACUACGGAGGAAUCUGCUGCGCUGUUUUGACUGUGAAUGCAACUGUUGUUUCUGCUGGACUACUACGAGUAUUUGGUCGAGAGGUUGCAGAACUUCCAUUAGUUGCAACACGCAUGUGCAGCCGAGAGAAGGGCUACUUUCAAUUGCUAUUUUCCUGCGUUGAGAAGCUACUCUCAUUCCUCAAUGUCGAAAGCAUCAUGGUUCCAGCAGCUGAAGAGGCAGAGCCCUUGUGGAUGAACAAAUUUGGCUUCAGAAAACUCGCACCUGAACAGCUCAGCAAGUAUGUAAAAGUGAGCUACCAAAUGGUGAGGUUCAAAGGAGCAUCCAUGCUGCAGAAACCGGUUCAUUCGCACCAGAUCACUGACGAGAAAAUCGAGACUGAAGACAAUUUUGAUUUGAAACAACCUAAGGAGUUGUUAAAGAUGGAUGAGUGAGUUUUUACAAACAAUAGAGACUUGUGUAUAUUUUGUAGAUUAGAAACGAAACUCUUUCUGUUUACUUCUUAGAUUCAGAUUUUACCUUUUGUUCUUAUUGGAAAGAAAUAUUUUAAGAAAACAAUAUGUUACAAUUUGGUUUACAUUGCU